GGAAAUAUGAUUGGCACAGAGCUGCAGCUACUUCUACGGUGAGACAUGGCGGAGUUUGUACUUCCACGGAGGUGCUUCUUGAAGAGUUUUUACACUUUUCACCACGUCGUAAGAACUUAAUUCGAGGACAAAAAUGUCUUCGAAGCGUACGCAGAUGGAAGCUUAAACAUACAGACGUCUUUUUUUCCCCCCUAAAGGACGGAGCUGCGGUUGGGAAAAUGUGUUGUCAUCUUCGUGCAGUCAACAGCCUUGGGCAACAAAUAUGGCUACUUCUUGUGUAUCCUUCGUUUCGGGUUGAAAACCGUCCCGACUGGGUCGAGUGGGUCAGUUUUGGAAAGUCACGGCAGUAGUUCGAAGUGAAGUUGACUACCACAAAAGAUUACGGGGGCUGGGUUUUUUGCGCCGAAGCGGGUUAAAGCGACGGGGAGCGAGACGAAGAGGGAGAGGAGAUGGAGCCCCAGCAUAAAGAGUUGUUGGAGAAAUGUUACCAGAACUUGGUGGAAUCGAUAACAGAUGCGGACCAAGUUGUGGACGUUUUGGUUCACCGCGGUACCCUCAGCCAGUCCGAGCACCACGAGCUGGGCCACAACUGCUCCUCGAACUCGGAAAAAGUGGACCUUCUCCUGAAGAUACUUAUCAGCAAGGACCGAGACCAUUUCGCAGACUUUUGCACGGCUCUGGAGACGACACACCCUCACCUGCACUCCGUGAUCCUGGACGGCCCCGGACCCCCGGAUCACACGACCGGCUCCACUUACAGUGUCCUGUCCACCAUGCCAUCUGACUCAGAAAGCAGCAGUUCGCUCAGCAGUUUAGGUACUCCUGGUCAAGCAUCCUCUCCUCCACCCGCUCACAUGGACAGCCACCAGCAGAAUGAGAAGAUGGAGACAGUUCUGUUACAGCUGAGACAUGUGACCCGUGAAAGGGAUGAACUGCGCAAACGUCUGGCCCUCUCCUCACCUGGUACCACCUUUGAAGACUGCAGAUCAAACUCGAAAACAGGUCAUGACUAUGAGCGUCUAAAGCUGCAGUGCAUGAAGGCUAUGGCAGACCUCCAGUCCCUGCAGAACCAGCAUAGCACAACACUGAAGAGGUGCGAGGAGGCUGUGAAGAAAGCAGACUUCUAUCAUACUCUGCACAGCCAGAUGGUGGGUGAGGCUGGCCAACUGAAAGAGGAGCUGGAGGCCAUGAGACAGCACAACAUCAAGCUAGUCAGGGACCACAACCACGUGAAGCAGGCAUGCGAGGAGCUGAGAAGGCUUCACGAGGAUGACCAGAGGGAGGUCGCUGAUAUGAGGAUGCUGCACCAACAGGUGAUGCAAGAGGGAUCAUCAGAAGCCCUUAAUAAGCUCUAUGACACAGCUGUUGAUAAGUUGGAGGGUGUGAAGAGAGACUAUGAAGCCCUGAGGAAGCGUUACAAUGAGAAGACUGCCAGUCACAAUGCAGACCUGAGUCGUUUGGACCAGGCCGAAGAGGAGAACCACCGGCUGCAGAAGAAGCUGGAUAUUCUGCUGAAACAGAGAGAUGCUGCCAUCCACUAUCAGCAGCAUUGCUCCUCUUCUUUCAGAGGGUUCGACACUAUGCAGCAGGAACUAUCCAAAGCCGCAUCUCAGAAUAAGGAGCUACAGCGAGAAAUGGAACGGCUCCAUUCAGAGACAACGCGACUUAAGACUCAGCAGCUCCGGGCCGCCAAGGACAGCGAGAAGUACAAAGAAGAGCGGGACUCUGUGAUCUGUGAAUACCGCUUGAUAAUGAGCGAGCGGGACCAGGUAAUCAAAGAAGUGGACCGUCUUCAGACAGGUCUGGAGCUAGCAGAGGCAAAGCUCAAGAACAACACCUCCGAGAGGCGAGUGGCCAAUGAGGAGCUGGAAGCUCUCAGACAGGAACUGGCCUCAGCGCUGGUGGACAGGGACCGAUCAAUCUGUGAGAAGAAUGAGCUCCUGGAGAAAUACUGCCACGAAGUGAAGGACAAAGCUGAGGCCCAAAAAGAGCUGAGCCAGGCCUGUAAGGACAUUGAGACAGUGCGUGAGGAAAGGGAUGUGGCCCGAAAGGAGAGGACAGAGGCCAUCAUCCAGAGGGACCAGCUGCUGCGGGAGUAUUACCAGGCCAGACAGAAACAAGACUCUGCCACUCUGGACAUGGAGAGAGCCAACAAAGAGAUUGAGAUGCUGAGGAAGCAGUACGAGGCCAUUUCCCAGGAGCUGAAAGAAGCUCUGCAAGAAGCAGAGGUGGCCAAGUGUCGACGGGAUUGGGCCUUUCAGGAGAGAGACAAGAUUGUGGCAGAAAGGGAGAGCAUACGUACCCUGUGUGAUAACCUAAGACGAGAAAGGGACAGAGCUGUGAGUGAUUUGGCAGAUGCUCUGAGAAAUCUUGAUGACACGAGGAAGCAGAAGAACGAUGCUGCAAGGGAACUCAAAGAACUAAAAGAAAAGUUGGAUGACCAGUUGGAGAAAGAAGCAAGAUAUCAUCAGCUAAUGGCUCACAGCUCACAUGAUUCAGCCAUAGAUACAGAUUCAAUGGAAUGGGAGACAGAAGUUGUCGAACUGGAGAAGCACAGAGAUAUGGAUUUAAAAGCACUUGGAUUUGAUAUUGCUGAAGGAGUAAAUGAUCCAUAUUUCCCAGGAGACUGUGGCAUAGUUGUAUCGAAGGUGGAUAAAGGAAGUAUUGCAGAGGGAAGAUUAAGGGUGAAUGAUUGGUUGUUGAAGAUUAAUGAUGUGGACCUGACCAAUAAGGACAGGAAGCAAGUGAUCAAAGCUGUGAUGAGUAGGGAGGGUGUGAUCAAUAUGGUGGUUCGAAGAAGGAAGUCUCUGGGAGGACGAUUUGUUACCUCAAUCCAGAUAAACUUGUCAGGAAACAAAGACAGUGGGAUUGGUUUGGAAAGUGGAGUGUUUGUUGCCACACUGGCUUCAGGAAGUCCAGCUGCCAGAGACUGUAAUCUUACAAUUGGUGACCGACUAUUAGCUAUCAAUGGAAUUGAACUUGACAACAAGUCGCUGUCUGAGUGUGAGUCUCUGCUGAGGGAUCGCAGUAACUCUCUCAGCAUAUCCCUCAUGAAGUACCUCCCACAGAGCUGUUCUGGACACAAUUUAUUUGAAACUUUGAGAGACUCAGAAAAGAGCCUGCGGCUUCAGUCCAGUGAGAUCCAUACCAGGAACUGCAGAAGCUCGAAGCUCAACUGCUCCACUCAAACUGAUGUCUGCAGCUGCACCUCGGGCAGCAGAGAGGAGGGAAUAUGCAAGGAUUCAUCUCACUCUCUGGAAAACAGCAGCAACAGUGCUCAUUCCCACCAAAAAACCUUUUCUCACAGCUCCCAGCACUCGCGCUCCGUUUCCACUUCGCACAGUCCUUCAGAGCCCCACCCAGAGUUCUGCUACCGGAGACAGGACCUUCAUCAAUGCCCCCUUACCUUUACCCCUGUUCUGUCUGACUUCAGCCCACCUCAAUCCACUGUGGACAGAGUGCAGAGCUCCCCAGUGAAGCCUGGUGGAGGGACAUGGCCUAAAGUGAUUGCAGGAGCCUCUGUAUCCGAGUGCACUCAGCUGUCUAUCUAUAAAAAGCCCAAACAGAGGAAGUCCAUCUUUGAUGUGAGUGCUUUCAGGAGGCCUGAGACACCACCUAAACUGGACUACAUGUCUCUGUCUCAGAUGUCUAAACACUCGCCACAGAGCUCAGUGUCUGAAUCUGCUCAGACGCCUCCCACCCCACCAGCCAGGAGUGACUCUUUUCGGUUUAAGCAUCGGCAACAGAACAGCUCUGCGUCCGACUCCACUAUCACCACCAGCACUCCACCAGCUUCUCCGGCCCAAGCUACCUGCCAUGGGGAUGAGGGAGACAUGGGGGAAAAGGUCUAUCAUGCUGAUCCCUCUUCGGGAAAGACUGAGAGCAACCUCAAGAAGCCUACUGAGAAGGAGGGAUAUCGACACAGGACAGAAGCGCAGGAAAAGAAGAGGUACCGGCCGAAAUCAGCUCCAGCACUGCGGCGGAACGUGACUCCGUUACACAUCCCUGUUCCUACGCAGUCACAAAAUUUCUCGAAUGAUGAAGACUCCCCAGAACCGGUGGACCUUUUACGGUUCUCUCCUUUGAGAAUUAACCGCUACAGCAUGCCAUUUACACCUCCAAGCUACAGUAGCAUCGGAGCACACCCGCGGCAGAGAGGUUUAGCCCCAUGUCCUGCUGUGACAGCUGUCAUGAGGAACCCCAUCUACACAGCUUGGAGUCAUGAGGUCCAGACAAACAACAGUCCUCCAGCUCUCAGUCCAGGCAUCCCCUCACAUUCAAGUCCUCAGCAUCAAGGUUGCUUCAGUCUGGACCUCAGCCACAAGCGCAAUGGAGACUUGACUGAGAAAAAGUGCAGCCAGCCACCACACAGCACCAACUCGUUGCCCUCAGGAGCAAGGCUGAGUUCCCCUCGUACCCGACAGUUUAGGGCAGAACGCAUUAAGAUCCCUCCAACCCGUUACUCCCGAUCAACUGGAUCUGACAAAGGCUCUCUGUCACAGUCAGAAUGCAGCAGCCCGACGCCUCCAAUGUCCCCAGUCAACCUGGACACAUCGUCUUUCUCCAGCAGCCAAUCGCAAUGCUCUAUUUCCACCCAGCCCAGGAUAUCAGUCAGCCCUGCUUCAGCCGGAGACAGGCGGCGGGAUGGGCCAUACCUGGGGGAGCCACGCAAUGUAACAGUGCAAAAAGGAGCAGAACCACUGGGGAUUUCUAUAGUGAGUGGAGAGAAUGGUGGCGUUUUUGUAUCUAAAGUGACAGCAGGAAGUAUCGCUCAUCAAGCUCGCUUAGAGUACGGAGACCAACUGCUCGAGUUUAACGGAAUCAAUCUACGCAACGCCAACGAGCAGCAGGCACGGCUGGUGAUUGGGCAACAAUGUGACACGGUCACCAUCCUGGCUCAAUAUAAUCCUCACAUGUUUCAGCUGGGGCAUCACUCUCAUUCAGGCUCUCGGAUGGAGUCCAUUAGCAACCAGCCAACACCCCAAGACAGCAGAGCUACUACCCCCGAUAAUCAUUCUGCUGUUGAUACUCUGAGUGAGCAGGGCGAGGGCACCAUGACACCUCCAUCUAAACAGACAACUCCUGCCAACAGUCCUCACAACUCCUUCAGGCAUCCAAGCUCAUUUAUGCACCGGGCUGCAGAACCUCGGCUGGUGAGGCUAAAGAGGGUUCAUGCAGAACUGGGAGUUCAAAUCUGUGGGGGAAACCUUUAUGGGAUCUUUGUGGAGACCCUGGAUGAUGAGAGCCCUGCUAAAAGUCCUGAUGGCUUGCAAGCUGGAGACCUGAUACUUGAGUAUAACGGCAUCAGCAUGAAGAAUAAAACAAAGGAAGAUGCUUACCUGGAAAUGUUGAAACCAGCUGAAACAAUCACAUUCAAGGUUCAGAACUGCGUGGACGGCCUUGAUGACAUCAAAGAUGCUCCCGGAGAUGGAUUUUUCAUACGAGCACUUUAUGAGCGGGUGGCAGAAGGCGAGCAGGAGCUGAGCUUUAAAAAAGAUGACAUUGUGUAUGUUGAAGACACGCUGCCAAAUGGUAAUUUUGGCUUCUGGAUGGCCUGGCAGCUGGAUGAGAAUGCUCAGAGACUACAGAAGGGGCAGAUUCCAAGUAAAUAUAUGAUGGACCAGGAGUUCUACAAAAGACAUGGCAUGACGGAUGCAAAAGAUGAUAACGGCACCAGCAAGACUCUGUCUGCUGCUGCCCGGAGGUCAUUCUUCCGUCGCCGGUUGAAGCACAAACGUAGUGGCUCUAAAGAUGGGAAGGACCUUGUGGCUCUGGAUGCCAUAAGCACAGAUUCGCUGCCCAUCACGGAGGAUGGAGUGAGCCUGAUGUACCAGCGUGUUCAAAAGGUGGACUGCUCAUCCCCCAGACCAGUGCUAAUUUUGGGACCUUUAGUAGAGGCCAGUAAAGAAAUGCUGGUGAAGGAGGCUCCUACCAAGUUCUGUCGUUGUCUGCCGGAAAUCAUGAAGGCAUCCCAGCAGGCAAUAGAGAGGGGAGUUAAGGAUUGUGUGUUCAUCGAUUACAAACGGAGGAGCGGCCAUUUUGAUGUGACAACUGUUGCGUCAAUAAAAGAGAUCACAGAGAAGGACUGUCACUGUUUACUUGACAUCGCUCCUCACGCCAUCGAGCGUCUGCACAGUGUUCACAUCUACCCUAUCGUCAUAUUCAUCCGCUACAAAAAUGCCAAGCAGAUAAAAGAGCAGAAAGACCCUUUGUACCUGCGGGAUAAACUCUCACAGAAACAUUCCAAGGAGCAGUUUGAGGUGGCACAGAAAGUAGAGCAGGACUACAGUCGCUUCUUCACAGGCGUUGUCCAGGGAGGCAGCGUCUCCUACAUUUGCACUCAGAUCAUGACCAUCGUGGAGCAGGAACAGAACAAAGUCCUGUGGAUUCCAGAUGGAGCACCAUAGAACCGGUCACCACAUGCCACUCACGCACAGGCUCUCUCUGAAUGAUGGUAGACACAAUGAAAUUGGUACACAGUCAAAACUUCCACUACUGUUUCACUUGCAGUAAUAUCAGCACUGAUGAUGAUCAUGCAGUGUUCCCACUACAUUAGUGACAAACUGUACUAUACAUAGAUUUGUUUACACUAGUAUUUGAUACUUGAAUAUUUUACUCUCCCUCAUAUCCAGUAGCACUCCUUUUAAUUCUUCACCUCAUGAAUAUGUCGGACCAGAGCAAACAGAAAACCCUUAUUCUUUGAAUGAAGAUGAAAUGGACCCUUCCUCUUCUAUUUAUUUGUAUUUUCCCACCUAUUAAUUUAUCCAAUCAAAUGAAAGCUAUUGCAUAUGAACCUUCUGAUAUACAGAUGUAGUUUUUAGAUGAUAGGAAGGAUAUUUUCCAAUUAACGUCCUUAUUUAUAUAGGAGAUAUUUACUCCCUUCACAUUAUGUUGCUGUCUUUGUUUUAUUGUCUGAAGUCAUCUUUUUAAGAUACAUUCUCGAACAAAAUAUAGUGCCAAGAUAAGUUAACAGCAUAACUUUGAUUAGAAAUCCUGCAGUAGGGUUACAUGUUUCACCAGCUUGUGUUUCACUGGGACUGCCAACUCAGCUCCUCUUUGUCAAAUGGAUCUGUAAGAAGGGAUGUUUUUAUUUCUGGCUCCUGGUUGGCUGCUAUUGAAACACAUUCUAUCGAAUACCUCUUGAUACACGCUGACACAUUUCAUCAGUUCUUCACCAAAUAAAAUUGAAUGUUUCUCAUUAAUAUUAAAAACAAAGUACAGUUAAUACAUUGUUUGUUGCCGUGGGUUUUCUUGGAAAA